UCCUUUUUGAUGAAAGCUGUCAGAAAGUUCAUCAUGCACGAUGAGUUGAAAUGCCUUGCGCUCUCGACAGACACCACGAUACCCGCUGGCUGACUGACCCGUUUAGCUGGACGGACCGUUUCUGCGAUGUGAGCGUGAAUAAUUAUAUGGGAGCGAGAGAGAUAAUUCCACCUGACUCUCUUCCGAGACCGUCACCCCUGAAGCUAAUGAAGACAUCCUGAGAGAGUGUAAAGGUAUGUAGACUAGCCCAAUCCUCUAUUAGUUGAUGACAAUAGUAACAUUACCGGUAGCCUCCUGGGCUGUUGCCACUGGAAAAAGUUAUUCAGAGUUAUUGCGUUGAUUGUUUUGUGUAACUGUUUGGUGUAAUGACGCUACAUGAAAUAGCCAGAAUGAGAGGCAGGAGCUGACACCUAGAGAAAUACAAGAGCGAAGAAACAAGGCUACCCAUAGCUGUCUCUCUGCCUGGUGGAAUUACGCACGAUGGACCAGGAAGAAGACUUUCUGGACUUCAAGUCCUUGAGGGCAAAGUUCCAGGAUGAGGAAGUGUUGCUGCUGAAGCAGCCCGGGACCAAAUCUGCUCUCCCUGAGAAACCUAAAGUCCUGCCUCCUCCUCACAGCCCUACAAAAUGCCUUCCUUCCCUCAGCUCCACAUCACACACACCCUCCAACUCGCACUCCCUACCGCGCGGUGCUCGACCUUCCCUCUUCUCCUCCCUUCAGGGGCCGGGUGGCAUCGCAUCCAGAGUCAUCGUCAAGGAGGAGAAGAAGGUGAAGAGCAAAGACAAGGAUGAGGGGAAGGUGAAAUUACUAGGUAAAAAGAAGGCAGAGGUGAAGGCUGAUAAAGAGAAGUCAGAUGAAAGGAUUAAUGGAGGGAAAGAUAUUGUAGAAGUAGCGGUGAGGUCAGAUCUGCUGGACCAGAAACAGAAGAAAGAAGCAGACCUGACCAUGAAGAACAAGAAGGUGUCCCUGCUGUCCCCUGGGGGGUCUAAGGGGGGUAGUGUUGAGCUGGUAGACAUGUCACCACCGCCCAUAAACACAACAAAGAAGAAGGGUUUUCUGGGCAUCGGGAAGUCAGUGAAAAUAGGGAAGAAGAGGAAAGAGGGGAGAGUUGAGCUUCUUCCUUUCCCCAUACUGGACAUAGCCAGCCCAGACCUGGCUGACCCUGAACCUCUCAUGCCUCUAACCACCUUCGGAACCCCAGCCGCCCCCGGUGAUAUACCUAUACGUACCGUCAUUAUCCCACCUUUCCCAGCAGUACACAUUGUUCACUUACCCCCUGCUUCGAUACCUGCCCCAGUACUAGAUUCCCCCUUACCCCUGGAGCUGACUCAUAACCCAGUAUUUACCCUGUUACCCCCCACCCUGAAACCUGCACCAGCAGCUGAAGCCAUUACAGUCAUUACACCACCUAACCCCAUCACAGUGAUCCCUGACCCUCCUAUCAUUGAUCACAUCCCUGAAACCCUCAGUCCUAAAACCCCAGCUGAAACCAUCCCAGCCCCCACCCUGCUAGUAUCAGUCCGCCCUACCCCUUCCCCUGUUACUGCCCCAUUCAGCCCAAUACCAGCUCCCUCAGUCACCCAUAUACUCCCUGCUGUCCCCUCCCCACCUACACUCUCUACCUCCACCCCACCUCCACCUGUUAUCGCCACUCCAUCCCCACCCCUGACCCUACCCCCCUCUCCUCCUCCUCCCCCUACACCUCCAGCUGCUGAACUUGAGUCUGUAGUAGUGGAUAUUGCUGUUAUAGUCGAGACCUCUGCCUCUCCACUUCCCUCUCACCCCCCCUCUCCCCCGGCUGGUGACCCCUCAGUCGCACCCCCAUCCCUCCAGCCUGAGAGGCCCGUGGGGGUCCAGGAACGGCCACUCUCGGCCCUGUUGGCUCUAGGACGAGCAGAAGAGAUGAGUCCACCAAAAAAAAGAGGAUCAGAGAUAAUCUUCAAUGCCCUGGAGAAAGCUAAGAGGACAAUCACCAGCCCUCUUAUGACCCCCAUCCCCUCCAGACCUGUCACGCCCACCAUAGAGGACCUAACCCCACCCCCCCACAGCCCUAGCCCCACCCCGGUGAAAUCGCUACCUGAGCUCCCACCAAUCGACUACGAUGACCAGGCAGGGGCGGCGGCCCCUACACCCCUGAUACCGGCCCUAGUCAAAGGUAUUGACAUUAGGCAGGCGUCUCCUAUGUUGGAGGGGAUAGCAGAGAAGGGUGCAAGGGACCUCCUACCAGACCUGUUUGUGGUGCCCCCUCCUCCCCCGAGAAAGCGCCUCCCAGAGGCCUCCACCCGAGGAUCCCCGCCAGAGAAACACCCCCAACUCCCCUCUGUGGACCUGACUGCCUAUGCUGUGGAGAUUCCUGUUCCUUCAGCUGAUUCUGCCCUCAACAUUCCUGAGUUUGAGGAUGUUGGAUCAGAUGUUCUGGAAUUGGAAGCCCCGGAGUUCCAGCCUGCAGACUUAGUGGAAUUAGAGGUGUCUAAGUGGGGAGCCCAGGCAGAAGACAGCACCAAUGAGAGCUGUGGCAAUGCCUAUGAGGACAUGCCCUCAGCCAAGCAGAAGGUCAAGGGUCAACCCACCAAGAAAAAGAAAGGAACAGUGAAGAGUAAGACACAGGCACCUUACAACCCAUAUGCUGAGACUCAGCUUCCGACAGAAGAAACACCCAAGACUGACUUGUUCUUGAAGAAGACUGCCUCGGAAACCCCAGAUGAGAAACAAAUGAAAAAGAAAGAAAAACAACGUUUUGAGAAGGAGAGGAAAGAGCAGAAAGAGAGAGAGAGGAAAGAGCAGAAAGAGAGAGAGAAGAAGGAAAAUGAGAUGAAGAAGUUUAAGAUAACAGGUCAGAAGGAGGCUAUAUACCAGGCUACAGUGAUGGUAGCGUCUAAAGGACAUAAGAACGACCUGGCUGUGAAGAACGGGGACAUAGUCAGCAUCAUACGGACCACAAACUGCCCGAAAGGAAAAUGGCUGGCCAGGGACAGCACUAAUACAUAUGGAUACAUCUCAGUGAGUGACGUGGAGCUGGACAUUAAGGAGAUGUUGGAAAUGGGGAAGAGAGCUUCUCGGGCCAUCAGCUGUAAAAAUAUUACCACUAUGGUAGAACAGGGAGGAGGCGCGGUGGCCAGUAUGGACAGCAGGACAUCCAAUCACUACCCACUUCAGGAAGAUACAGGCAGCUUCACAGACGACAGUGAGGAGUGGGCACAUGAUGAUGAUGAUGAUGAUGAUGAACCUCUCUCCUCCCUCAUCGAGGAAGACCCCACAGAGAGGCUACAUUUUCUUCAGCAGCUGCUCUUCUCUCCUUACUCGACCAGCUCUCUCUUUCCCUACUGUCUCCCUCUAAGACCUGAAGAACCUGAACCUGAAGAACCGAUCAGCCCUAUGGACAUAGGAGGACCAGAGACAGUGUACCUGUGUAAAGAGGAAGCAGAUAUGGUGGUUCUUCCUCCUCCUGACCUGUAUGCAGACAUCAUCAUCAUUAGUGACGCUUAGACUACAAACUACCUACAGCUGGUGAACACAGGAAGAACGGCAAGAUGGUAUGUCUGUCAUCGCCAUGACAACCACUCAGAUGACGGAGGCUUGUAGAAUCUGUCUGGACAACCUGCAAUCGGAUGGACUAUUUCUGUUGUUUAGGCUGGGAUUCAAUCUGAGCACUCUAGUCGACAAUGCAGCCUUUUAAGGUAACAGUGUUCAGAGAUGGCAUUCAAGAUAAAUGCUGCAGUUGUCGGAAAUUACUGUUAAAUGUCAAGGACGCUAUAGCGCGGUUUUGGAUUGGAUCUCUUGUAUUGAUGUCCGUCCAGGGUUAUGGAGGGCAUUAUACAGAAUGUUUUAUAGAAAGACAAUUAUGCGACACCAUACCAUUGGUUGAGGUUCCACUGUAUCUUUACAAGUGUCUACAUUGGAAAUUCCUACGACAACUCACUGUAUCCAGCUACUUCUGUGUCUCAAAUGACACCCUAUUCCCUGUGUCAUAAACUAAGUGACAGAGGGUUAGCCACAUAGGGCUCAGUCAAAUGUAGUGCACUACACAGGGAAUAGGAUGCCUGCCAUAUGAGACUUGUCUUAUUUUUUAUAUUCCCAGUGAAUUUCCCAUAAGUAUUAAAGAGAUGUAACAUUUAGCCUCUA